AUGCAACCACCACAUCACUAUUCGCGGAUCAAUCUUGCUGAAUUGAAAGCUCAGUUAGUGAAGAAACUUGGGCCAGAGGGGUCAAAGCAAUACUUUUAUUUCCUUCAUAUGUUCUUGAGUUUGAAAUUGAGUAAGGUUGAGUUCAAUAAGCUGUGUCUUAGAAUUAUUGGCCGGGAGAAUAUUCCAUUUCACAAUCAGUUGAUUCGAUCGAUACUGAGAAAUGCUUGUAGUGCAAAGACACCACCGCCGGCCAAUCAGAAGGAUGAUGUUUCUAGACAUGGUGUGCACCUUACCGGAAAGGAUAUGUCCACUGACAGUCUCCUGCAAAACGGGUCCCACACCAAUGUAGCUCAGGCUUCUGGUUCACCCUGUUUAUCAAAUGGAGGUGGUGACAUGCUGCUACCUCUCUCGCCUCGAAAGGUCAGGACAAAUAUCCGUGACCGGAAAGCUGGUGACCGUCGUAGUGCACUUGGACCUAAUGGGAAGGCUAGUUUUGCUACUCAGCUUCCUGCUGCUACUCUGUCAAGUGACUUUGGUGCUGUGUUGGAGAAUGGAGAUUUGAAUCCACCUGAUAUGAGAAGUCUACUGAAGCAAUCAGGAGUGAAAACGAGAUCUUGGCCCCAAAUGCUGCUAAAAUGUCCAUCGGUUUCAGUGGAUUCUGCCAACAUACUGAGCCAUGGUUUAGAUGCUUACAUGAAAGGAUUGAUUAGAUCGUGCAUCGAGCUUGUAGGGUCAAGAUCGGGGCAUGAGUCAACAAAGAACAAAACCAAUAAGCAUCCCAAUUAUAUGAAGUUGAUAAACGGUGUAAAACCAGGUCAUCAAUUUCUGAUGCAACAUAGUGGAAAGACGAUGGAAGUGCAAGAACAAAGAAGUCAGUCCCCCAUUUCGUUACAGGACUUUAGAGUAGCCAUGGAGCUGAAUCCUCAAAAACUUGGCGAAGACUGGCCGAUGUUGCUGGAGAAGAUAUGUACACAUGCAUUUGAAGAAUAG